UAGGUUGUACUUCGUAUUACAGUCAAAGGGUAAAGAAGUACUGUAAGUUGCAGGUCUCACAAGUAAUCCUUUCUCAUUUAGGAGAGCCAGAGGCAGGACUGACAGGAUGUCACCCAGUCUCCUGUUAGUGUUAAUCUCAGCCACCGCCGUGCAGCUUGUAACAGUAGAAGAAAAAGCAGAACAGUUUCUGAAUGAUUUCAACAUUGAAGCUCCUAUAUUAAACUACCAGUACUCAUUGGCAUCAUGGGAGUACAAUACAAAUAUCACUAAUGAAAAUGCAGAGAAAUUGAGUGAAAUGGGAGCCAUUUGGUCUGAGUUUUAUAAUAAAGCAUCUGACAAUGCAACUGAUUUUAAUCUGAACGAAAUCUCGAAUUAUACCAUCAAACAACAGCUCCAAUUUCUUCAAGACAAAGGAUCGGGUGCCCUGCCCAAGGACAAAUUUCAAAAGCUCAAUAAAAUUCUGCAAGAGAUGAGCAAAAUCUACAGCACAGGAAAAGUGUGCAGAGGGGAAUCAUGUCUAACUCUAGAACCAGGUCUUGAAGACAUCAUGGCAAACAGCACUGAUUAUGAUGAACGUCUGGAAGUCUGGGAAGGUUGGCGGAGGGAAGUGGGAAAGAAGAUGCGUCCAUUGUAUGAAGAAUAUAUUGUCCUGAAAAAUGAAGCUUCAAAGCUUAAUGGCUAUAAAGAUUAUGGAGACUACUGGAGAGGAGACUAUGAAACCGAAGGAGAUUCUCCUUAUGGCUACACUAGAGAUCAGCUUAGAGAAGAUGUUGGCAAAAUAUACAAAGAGAUACUUCCCCUAUACAAGCAACUGCAUGCAUAUGUGAGAGCUAUGCUGAGUAAGGCUUACCCAGGACAUCUCAAUAACCGAGGGGGUCUUCCAGCUAAUUUACUUGGUGAUAUGUGGGGAAGAUUUUGGACAAACUUGUAUGGUUUAUCUAUACCCUUCAUUGGAAAGGAAGACAUAGAUGUGACUUCAGCCAUGGAUGGAAAGGGUUGGACCUAUAAAGAUAUGUUUGAAGCAGGAGAGACUUUCUUUGAAUCAGUGGGUCUUUUUAAUAUGACUGAGGAAUUUUGGAACAAUUCAAUGCUUGAAAAACCAAAUGACCGAGAGGUUGUUUGCCACCCCACUGCCUGGGAUAUGGGAAAUGGUAAAGAUUUCAGGAUUAAAAUGUGUACUAAGGUGAACAUGGAUGACUUCCUCACAGUCCACCAUGAAAUGGGUCAUAUUGAGUACGACAUGGCUUAUGCCCACCAACCCUUCUUGUUCAGAAAUGGUGCUAAUGAAGGGUUUCAUGAGGCUGUAGGUGAAAUCAUGUCUCUCUCGGCUGCCACACCAAAACAUCUGAAGUCAUUGGACCUUCUAUCUGCUAAUUUUGUUGAAGAUUAUGAAAUCGACAUUAACUUCCUUAUGAAACAAGCCCUAACAAUAGUGAGCACACUCCCAUUCACCUACAUGCUUGAGGAAUGGCGGUGGCAGGUAUUUGAAGGUAAAAUCCCCAGGGACAGAUGGAUGAAGACAUGGUGGGAAAUGAAGAGAAACCUGGUUGGCGUAGCUGAGCCAGUACCACAUGAUGAAACAUACUGUGACCCACCUACAUUAUUCCAUGUGUCUAAUGACUAUUCCUUCAUUAGGUAUUUCACAAGAACUAUUUAUCAGUUCCAGUUCCAGAAAGCCUUGUGUGAGGAGGCAAAUCAUUCUGGGCCUCUUUAUAAGUGUGACAUUACCAAUUCAACUGCCGCUGGGUUAAAAUUAAAGAACAUGCUUGAGCUAGGAAAAUCAAAACCAUGGACAGAAGCUCUGCAACGCAUAACUGGGGAAACAAGAAUGAAUGCAACUGCCCUACUUGAUUAUUUCCGCCCAUUAGAAGACUGGCUGAAGAAAGAUAAUGAACUAAAUAAUCGAUAUGUAGGAUGGGACCCUCAAUGGACACCAUAUAAUGAUAUGGCCAUUAAAGUAAGAAUAAGCUUGAAACAAGCACUGGGGGGUAAUGCAUACGAAUGGGAUGAAAAUGAAAUGUAUUAUUUCAAAGCAACUGUAGCUUUUGCCUUGAGGAAGCGUUUUAAGGAUGAACAAGUAAAUUAUGUCAACUUUACGGAAAAUGACGUUGAAGUCUUUGAUUACACCCAAAGAGUUUCUUUCCAUUUUUUGGUGAAAAAUCAAAGUAGGUUUGUUCCCAAAGAAUAUGUUGCCGAGGCAAUACAGCUGUCAAGACAUCGAUUUAACAGUGCUUUUAUGUUAGAUGACAAAACCUUAGAGUUUGUUGGGUAUCCUCCAACUUUAGCACCACCAGUCACUCAGCCUUUCACAAUAUGGCUUGUCGUGUUUGGAGUAGUUAUGGGAGUUACUGUGCUUACUUCAUUCUACCUAAUCAUCUCUGGAUAUCUGAACAGGAAAAAGAAAGCAAAGCAAGAUGAGGCCACAGAAAACCCUUAUGCAAGCACGGAAAAUGGCAUAUUAAAUGGAUCUUUUAUCAAUGAAGACAGUGCUCUCACAGGACUUUAAAUGUAUUUUUACAAUUGCUGUAUUUUAUUCAAACAUAUGAAAAUAUUUUUUGAAAAAUUCCCCAGUGUUCUUAUAAAUACAAAUCAAAAUGUAAUAGCAGUCCUGAUAAACUGAUA